UUCUCUUUCCUCCCACCCAAACACUUCUCUUUUUCUCUCUCUAAAACUCUCUCUCUACUAUUUUCUACCCAUUUUCUUUCUCUCCAAUGGAGAAUUCCACCGACAAGAGAAAGAGAGUUCAUGACGAGUCAUCUGAUUCUGAGACUCACUGUGUUGGUAACUCGGUUGAGGCUAAGAUUCGGAAGGUUGACUGUGAGUCUGAUGUUAAUAAUGGUAACUCGUCCGGGUCUGAGUCUGAGCUGACACGAGUCGACUCGUUUGAGUCGUGUCUUGACUCGGUUUUUGACUCGGAUGUUCAGCUUCAUCAAGAUGAUAUUUUUCAUAUACUUGAUGAUGCUGAAAAUGAUGCUGAGAAUGUUGCUGAGCAGACUGAGCGUGACUCGGUGGUGGGUCUUGACUCGGUUAUCAAAAGCUUUGAGGAAGAGAUUCUCACUCCGGGUUUUGAGCCGGUUCAGACCGAACCAGAACCGGUUCAGACCGUAUCCGAGCCGGUUCAGAUGGCUGGUUUGGGCGAGAUGCAGAAAGAUCUGGGCUACCUUUUUGAGGCCUCUGAUGAUGAGCUUGGGUUGCCUCCUACUGUGGUUUCAGGUGAUGAACCGGGUCGGACUGAACCGGAGAAGGUGGACCUGACCGGGUUUCUUGGUUUUGAAGAUGAUUUUACUGGCUAUGAUGGGUUUGGUUUUGGUGGUGGGUUGUUGCCGGAGUAUGACGGUGGGAACACCGGUGCCGGAGAUUUUGUGGCGGGGGAUGGGUUGUUUGAUUUUACUGAACCGGCGGCAGAUGUUUUGUGGCCGUCUGAGUCGUUACAAGCUAUGUAGGAUGUGGCGUUUGAGAUUUUGGGGUGGGAAAUGUAAAUCUGAGAAAUGUUGGGUUAAAUUUAGGAGGUGGAAAAAAGGAAGAUUAGAAAUGUAGGUGAUAGAUGUGAAAAGUUUUUAGGAUUAAGAUUUGUUAUGGUUCUUUUGUUUAAAUUUAAUUGAAAAAAAAAACUGGUCUCAGAUUAUGCU